AUGGCAGAUGCAGAUAUUAUUAUUGGAAGGCAUCGGCGAGCUGUUCCAUUUUCAUUAGGAUGCGGUGAUAGCUUCAAAAUCUUAAGAAAACCUAUAUCUCAGCUCCAAGAACUCUCUCAUAACUACAUUAUUUUUUUAAAUUCAAAAUCUCAUCAUCCUUUGUUAAAUACAGUAAUUGGAACAUCAUACGAUAGGAAUGCUCUUACAGUUCAUGAUGUAUCUCGCAAUCAUUUUCUUUUACAUGGUUCGUUAUUAUUUGAAGCAAUCAAUUCACGCAUUACUUUUAUAAAAGAUCCCUGGAUUCCUGCACAAUGGGAUGCAAAUACCUCAUCUGUUUCAACAAGAUCAAAAUGUACAAAUUUUUCAAUAAAUAAAGAAAAUACAUUUGGAUUUGCAUCCACAUUAACAAAACCAGCCAUAUUUUCAUUAUCAUAUACAUUAUCAGAACUAAGAUUCAACAAUAUUACUUAUCUAAAUUACGAUCUUAACAUUUUAGAUUUGAAAACAAGCGAUUUUAUUCCAGGAGAAACCAUAACGAUCUCCAAAGAUAAUACUAUUUCGCUAUUCGAUAAAGAUACUAUUGUUUCUUCAGUCAAAGUUGAAGGCCACGAAACAUGGGAUUUAUCUCCAAUAAAUUUCCUUCAAAACCCACGAGUUGUAUGUACAGGAUUCUCUGAUUCACUACAAAUUAUUGAUUUUCGCCAAAAAGAACCUGCACCAUUGACAGCAGCAGCGAAUUUUCCAUCAUCAAUUGUUCCAUUAAAAAAUCCAUUUCAUCUUGUUGUCUCGACUCCGGACAACUUGAGUAUUUACGAUAUGAGGUUCCCUCAUCGUCCUGAAGACAUUCUUCCAUACUAUUUCAAGUCAUGUCCAACAUCCAUGAAAGUAGAUCGAAGAGGUGAUUUUGAUGUUGUUUUUUGCCAAUGCAGCGAAAGUUCUGAAGUAAUUGCAUUUCCUUUCAACGAUAUGCACUUCGGAGCGCCUUGUAUGCCAUUCCAAUUAACAGUUGCUGACUAUAUUACUAAGAAUCCAUCGAAUUUAACUGGUUUGGAAGUAAUUUCUGAUUCUUGUUACCUUCAAUUUGAAAAUGGAGGUGUUUUUUCUGUUGAUCUCGAUCCUAGUAAGCCAGCGAAGAAGAUAAAUGUACCUGUUUUCAUUAGGAAUGAAGAAGACUUGCCGAAAGAUAAUUUCAUUAUGAAACCACAGUUCGAUGAAAUGGAUUUCUCUCAAGAUAAAACAAAGGAAGAUCAUAUUAAUUGGAAAGAAACAUUUCCUGAAAUGAAAAACGCUCCGCCAAACAGUUUAUAUGAAAUUAAAAAUGAGGAAAUACCAGAAGCUGACUCUGUAAUUGAUAAUUAUUUGAUAGAAAUCGAAGAUGCUUUGCAAUUCGAAGAUGAUGAUUUGGAUACUGCAAUUCCUGCAAUUUGGAAAAACCAUCUUGAUACAAUUUCGAAAUACCUUCAGCAAACUGAAUAA